AUGUUCUCCUGGAUUUUUUUCGCAUGGCUCUUGCAGAAUCACAAAGUUUGCUCUGAUACAAUUCAUGUCACUAAAAAUUUUAGUGCAUGUUACUACUUAAUUAGUGAAGAGUUUCACCAUGAAGGAGAUGUGAUGAUUGGUGCAUUUUUCCCUCUUCAUACUUUGUACACUGAAAAGAAAAAGCCACAUUCAACUAAGCCAUAUGUAUACUUGGACUAUUAUAUACAGUAUAACUUUAAGAACUACCAGUAUAUUCUGGCUCUGCUAUUUGCCAUUGAGGAGAUCAACAGGAACCCCAAUAUAUUACCCAACAUAUCUCUUGGAUUUGAUUUCUACAAUAAUGAAUACACUGAAAGGAACAUUCUUAGGUUUACUUGUCGUUGGCUUACAGCCCAUGUAAAGAGAGCAAUGAUACCUAAUUACACUUGUAAAAAGAAAAAUCUCAUUGCUGCACUUACAGGAUCAUCAUGGAUAACAUCUGCCCAAAUUGGGACAUUGCUUCAACUCUUUAAAUUUCCACAGAUUACUUUUGGACCUUAUGAGCCAACCUUGACUGACAAUGGUCAGUAUUCUUCUCUCUACCAGAUGGCCCCCAAGGACACUUCUCUUUCCCUUGCCAUUGUUUCUUUCAUGGUUCAUUUUAGUUGGUCUUGGAUUGGCCUCAUCCUCCCUGAUAACCACAAAGGAAAUAAAAUUCUAUCAGAAUUUAGGGAGGAGAUGGAGAGAAACAAAAUCUGCAUAGCCUUUUUAAAAAUGAUCCCAGCCACAUGGACUUCAUAUUUUACUAGAUUCUGGGAAAAUAUGGAUGAGACAAAUGUAAUAAUUAUUUAUGGUGACAUUGAUUCUCUAGAAAUUCUUAUGCAAAUUAUUGGGCAAAGGUUAUUGACAUGGAACAUCUGGAUCAUGAACAAUGAACCCCAUAUUAUUGAACUUAGUGAUUAUUUCAUGUUAGACUCAUUCCAUGGAAGUUUCAUUUUUAGACACAAUUACAUAGACAAUAUUGAGUUUACCAAAUUUAUUCAAAGAGUUAAUCCAUAUAAAUACCCUGAAGACAUUUAUCUUCCUAAGUUGUGGAAUUUUUUCUUCAAGUGCUCAUUUUCUGACAUUAAUUGUCAUGUUUUAGACAACUGUAAAUCCAAUGCUUCUUUGGAUCUAUUACCUAGUUUCAUAUUCGAUGUUGUCAUGAGUGAAGAGAGCACAAACAUUUACAAUGGUGUAUAUGCUCUGGCUCACAGCCUCCAUCAGAUGAGACUUCAGCUACUUCAAAUGCAACCAUUUGAAAAUGGAGAAGGGAUGGUGUUCUUUCCAUGGCAGCUUAACACAUUCCUAAAGGACACUGAAGUGAAAGGCAAAAGGAAUUUAGAUUGGAAACAGACAAUAGAUACAGAAUAUGACAUUCUUAACCUGUGGAAUUUACCAAAGGGUCUUGGAUUAAAAGUGAAAAUAGGAUCCUUUUCUGCAAGUGCUCCUCAGGGUCAACAGUUGUCAUUAUCUGAACAAAUGAUACAAUGGCCAGAAAUAUUUUCGGAG